GCCCUCUUCCUCCUCCUCGGAGUCCAGUGACUGAGAAGAGGCGGGGCGGAGGAGGGUAGGCGGCCGGCUGUUUCCCGGCAAGGACAGCAAGCCGGAGCAGCAGAGGGACCGGGAACUGCGAAGGGAGCGGUAGCAGAAGGCAGGAUUUCUCCUUCUGGGCGCCCCAUUCAGCCAAGGAGGCCAGCACCACCACCACCACCAUGGAGGUCGAGAUGCCACAGGACUUGAUAGACAUUCUCUGGAAGCAAGAUAUAGAUCUUGGAGUAAGGCGUGAAGUUUUUGAUUUCAGCCAGAGGCAAAAGGAAUAUGAGCUUGAGAAGCAAAAGAAACUUGAAAGUGAGAGACAAGAACAGCUCCAGAAGGAACAAGAAAAAGCUUUUCUAGCUCAACUGCAGUUGGAUAAGGAAACGGGUGAAUUUGUUCCUAUCCAGCCUGCUCAAGCCAUUGAACCAGGAAACACAGAUAUAUCCAGUAACUAUCCACAGAGUACCCACAUUUCCAGACAAGAUGCAGAUGACUUGUCCUUCGAUGACUGUAUGCAGCUUUUGGCAGAAACGUUUUCAUUCGUAGACAACAAUGAGAUUUCCUCGGCUGAAUUUCAACAAGUGGUGCCAUGCAAGACUGAGAGCAACCAAGACUUUGUUGAUUCUAAUCAGAUGCAGACACAUGAUGCCUCUGGUCUUCAGUUGUCCAUUCCAGAAUCAGCUGAUGCUGAGGGCUUCCAAUAUAUAGAACAGGUCUGGGAAGAACUGUUGUCUAUUCCAGAGCUACAGUGUCUUAACAUUCAAAAUGACAGCUUGGCUGAAGUGACCUCAAGCACAUGCUCGGACAACACAGCAUCGGAGGCAGAUAUUCACUUCUCCUUCUACACUGCGCUGCCUGCCAUGGAGAAAGAGGUUGCCAGCUACAGCCUGGAGUUCCUGAACCAUUUCGAGCCUUCCUAUCCCAGCAGUGUGCUGCCCGAUGAUCUCAAGCAAGACACUUCUUCAUCUGCCAGCACUGACUUUGGUGAGGAUUUCUACCCUUUUGUUGAUGUCGAAAUGAGUAGUGACAUGCCUCUAACACCACCACCACCACCACCACCACCUUUUGUGGAUCAAGCACUCACUGGCUUUCUAAAUGAGCCCAUUGAUCUUUCCGAUUUUGCUCUGUGCAAAGCUUUUAAUCGCGAUCUGACAGGAAGCGCUCUCGAAUGUAAUGAUUCGGACUCUGGCAUUUCACUGAAUGCAAGUCCCAGCACAACUUCUUCACCUCAUUCCGUUGAGUCAUCUGCUUUCUACAGAGACACAGGCUUUGGUUACAGUGAUUCCGAAAUGGAAGAGAUGGAUAGCGCCCCUGGCAGCGCUCAAGGAAGCAGCGCCAAAGUGCGUGGCUUUCACUCACGCCUCCCAGCCUCUCUGUCUCUUGAACAAAAUACACAGAGGCCAGACUCGAAGCUGACAAAAACACCCAAAAAAGAAUUACCCGCCAGCCCAGGUCAUCCCAAGUCUCCAUUUGUGAAGGACAAACAAAACAGUCAGCACGAUGCUCAGCUCACAAGAGAUCAGCUCCGAGCAAAGGCACUGCACAUCCCUUUUCCUGUUGAACAAAUCAUCAACCUCCCCGUGGACAACUUCAACGAAAUGAUGGCCAAGGAACAGUUCACGGAGGCCCAGCUGACUCUGAUCCGGGACAUACGCAGGCGAGGCAAGAACAAAGUGGCUGCGCAGAACUGCCGGAAAAGGAAACUGGAAAGCAUAGCGGAGCUGGAGCAUGACUUGGGUUAUCUUAAGGACGAGAGAGAAAAGCUCCUUAAAGAGAAAGGAGAGAAUGACCAAAGCCUGCGGCUGCUGAAGAAGCAGCUGAGCACCCUGUAUCUUGAAGUCUUCAGCAUGCUCCGGGAUGAAGAUGGCAACCCGUACUCGCCAAGUGAUUACUCACUGCAGCAAACCAGAGAUGGCAGUAUCUUUCUCAUUCCUAAAACCAAGAAGCCAGAGACUAAAUGAUGGGGAUCAGGGAGACUUGUGUUUGCAGAGCUACUUGUAGCUAACGUUUUCCCACAAUGCAAAAUGUGUCCUAUUUUCAAGUGACUUUUACACUAUUCUAAGUAUAUACAUAUAUACUUUAAAUAAAACCAACAUAUGCUCAAUGGGUAUAACUUUUAUAAAGCACUUGUUCCUCUCUUUUGAUAUAGCAGUCGACUGAUUCAUUUCUGUGUAAAUAUUUCAGGAUUUCUUAUUUAUAUACUUUCCCUGUUGGUUUUAAAGGAACCGUGUAUCAAGUGUGAUGAUCUUGUUGAACUGAAGACCAAUCUUGUGUUUUCAAGUUGCACCAUUUUAUAACUAUAAAUGGAACUUUUGCUGUUUCUUAUAUUUUUACUUGCUUUGCUUUAUUAAGAAUGCUUGAAUGUAGUCUAAGCACCCAUAAUAAAGAAACGUGAUUAAGGUGCUACAAAGCCAGAGCUCAGCACCAUGGAUGACAGUGAGCCUUUUGAGUGCUUAUCUUUAGCUGGAUUGCACCCUUAAUUUCAAAGUAUAACCAUGCUUUGCAUAUAAAUGUAUGCUUCAAGGGAUACCAAUCUUUAGACUUUUGACUUAUUUUGACUGUGGGGAGGGAUGUGGGUUAGUACAUUGAUUACAAACAGGGCUAUGCAAUAUGCAACUGGGUACGUGACAUAUCGCCUUAGAAUCUCCAUUUCUGUAAUAUGCUUGAAAUUGUGUGGGAUCUAUGGAAAUCUAAAAAGCUAGAAAGGAUGGCUGAGUAAGUGUCCAAGAUUUGCAGUUUUAUCCAUGAUGAAAUAAUUUUAAAGACUUUGACAAUCAUCUCAGUUGCACUUGCGCAGUUCAGAGUGACGUACCUUUUCUUAAUGAAAUUAAAAUAGUUGAAUAUACACUAAAGAAAACCUAGAACAAUCCUAUUGACCUACAUUGUAUUAUGCAGUAUACAGUUUCCAAUUUUUAGACUAUAGACCUGAUCCGUGUAUAAAAACUGGUCUUCUGUAUAUUGAAAAGUAGUUUGUACAAACUAACACAAAGGAAAUAAACAGGGACAUCUUAA